AUGUCACUAGCCGACGAGCUACUCGCAGAUCCGGAUUUCAUAACUACUCGUGACGAGGAAACUAACGAUAUUGAUAACAAUGAAUUGGAAGAUGUUACGAUGCAAGAUUUAGAAGAAGUAGAAGAGGACGAUAUGGUUGACGAUUUGGAAGAAGAAAAACAGAUAAACUCAGAGGUUGAAAUGAAGAAUGUAAUGGAUGUGAGAAAAAUUGCUAAAUUGCUUGGUUCUAGACAAAUGAAGGAUGUUCUGAUGAAAAUAGAACAGCUGAAAAAUACAAACCGAAUUCAUGUCCAAAUAAUGGGUCCUGUCGAAGAAGACCCAGAAUAUAAACUUAUUGUACAAGCAAACAAUUUGACCGUAGAUAUUGAUAGUGAAAUUUUAGUUGUCCACAAGUUCAUAAGGGAUCAUUAUGCAAAAAAGUUUCCAGAGCUAGAAUCAUUGGUACUCAACCCACUAGAUUAUGCUCGUGCCGUGAAAGCAAUUGGUAACGAAAUGGAUUUGACCAAAGUCGAUCUGAGAUCGAUACUUCCAUCUGCCACCGUGAUGGUGGUAACAGUUACUGGUUCUACAACAAACGGCCUACCACUAACAAUAGAAGAAAGUAUGAUUGUGAGUGAUGCAUGCGAUAUGGCUUUGGAAUUGGAUAGUGCCAAGCGUACGAUAUUGGAAUACGUGGAAUCAAGGAUGUCCUUAAUUGCGCCAAAUCUUUCAGCUAUAGUAGGCAGUACUACUGCUGCCAAAAUGUUGGGACAGGCUGGUGGUUUGAUGGCUCUUUGUAAAAUGCCAGCAUGCAACGUUAUGUUAAUCGGUGUCCAGAAGAAAACGAGUACGGGGUUUUCCAAUGCAUCAACACCGAGACACACUGGGUACUUGUUUCAAUCUGAAUUGAUACAGAGAACACCACCAGAUCUCAGAUUGAAAGCACAGAAAAUUGUUGCCGCCAAGUAUGUUAAUUCUAUUUACAUAAAAAUUGCAAUUUGCCUAUCGCAUUUAGUUAUUUGGAAAUUACCUCAAUCUAGAUGCACAUUGGCCGCUAGGAUGGAUCGUAUGCAUGAAUCAUCUGAUGGCUCAUUUGGUAGAUCUUUACGGGAACAGAUUGACAAAAAACUUGAAAAGUUGCAGGAACCACCUCCGUCCAAGACGGUCAAGCCUUUACCAGUUCCUGACGAGGGGCCAAAAAAACGGAGAGCUGGAAAAAAAGUACGUCGAAUGAAAGAAGCACACGCAGUUACGGAACUUCGUAAGGCUCAAAAUAGGAUGGCAUUCGGUGUCGCUGAAGAUGAAACUGGUUCUUUUGAUACAACCAAGGGCUUAGGCUUGAUUGGACAAAAUUCGGGCAAAAUCCGUGCUGCAGUGUCCGAUCCCAGAGUUAAAGUAAAGGCACCCAAAAGACAUCAAUUUAUGGGAUCAUCUGGGGCAACGUCCGGUUUAUCAUCAUCUUUGACUCUCACUCCAGUCCAGGGAAUUGAAUUAAUCAAUCCCGACGAAGCACAAAAGAAGGUUAAGGAUGCAAAUGAUAGAUAUUUCGGUGGCGGUGCAUUUUUGAAAGUUG